AUGUACGCAUUCAAGCCGCACGUGUUUACUAAACACUCUUUAUACAGUAUUACAAAACCUGAAGGAAAAAUAAAAGCAUUAAUAUGCGGUGAUGGUAAAAAUUUAUAUUUUAACGGCGAGUCUGCAAGUGAUAGCGAAUUUCAUAAUAUCUGGGAGUACAAUUUAGCUGGACAACAAUGGAGAUUAUUGAUAUCAAUAAGGUGUCUAAGCAAAUCACCAUUUACUUAUGAUUCAAUUAUUGGUACUAUUUUGGAAUCAAAUUAUUUAGUUAUUUGCCCAAUAGAAAGCCAAGACACAAGACCUUUCAAUGACGAACUGUCAAGUCUCACAAGUCAAUUACAUGUUUGUAAUUUGAAUAGUAAAAGUAGUCUUGUUCGGAGGACAAGUGGACGAAUUCCAAAUCCUUCAUUUCCACAUAAUUUCAUUCGCCAUGGAAAAUAUUUGUAUACUGUCGGAGUCAGCAGAGAUGGUGGACUAUUUUCCGAUGUAUAUAAAUUAAAUAUGGAAAAUGAUGUAUGUGAAAUUGUUUACACCUGCCGAGGACUUGAUGCUAAUGAACCAGUUGGUAGAUGGUAUCAUACUUUAGUUUAUGGUAACAAUAUGAUUUAUAUAUUCGGUGGUUAUGAUCUUCGCCCUGGAAAAGGUCCAUUUUCGUUUCCCAAAAUAUCGGCGUUUGAUUUGCAAAAUUGCUGCUGGAAAAAAAUAGACACUCAUGGUGAUGGUGAUGAAAAUCACACACCGAGAUAUCCAACUGGUAGAGAAGGAUUCAGUGUAACGAGUUAUACUGAUCCAGAUUCUGGUGAAACAAACGUGAUAAUAUCUGGAGGAGCAGAUUUUAAAUACGAAUAUAAGAUUGACGAUGAAGGUCGGGAAAGAUUCCAUAGAGCUCUCUUGAUUGGUUUUAGUGAUGUCUGGAGAUUGAAUCUCACAAGUUUAAAAUGGUCGUAUCUCCAGAGAUUUGGUAUUGUCUUACCUCGUCACGUUAGUGACCAUUCAACAACCAUUUCUCCUACUGGGAAAUUGUUUAUAUUUGAUGAACAUAUUUCUGAUAAUGACAAGGAACAAAAAACUUGCAAUUCUGCCUUAUACUCAACUUGGGUCAGGAUUCCCAAACUCACAGACAUUUGCUGGGAAGCUGUUUUACAUUACUUUCCAAACUUGAAAUCAAUGACUGACAAAGAAAUCAUUUCCCUCGGAAUUCCAUUGCAGUCAUUCAAGUCGCGUAUUAAUUAA